AUGUCGCGCAAAAACACUUUCUACAGCCUGGGCUUGAUGCCCGCACUGAUGGGCGUAGGCCACCUGGCCCCAGCAAUAGGGGCUAUUCAGGCCAUAACUGGUUCGUACCAGUUCCCUGUUAAGCUUCUUGGACUCAUAGGAGCCCUUUCUGCUAUCGUCGACUCUAUGGAUACAUACAAAGACCUAUCACCAUCAGACAGACCUUCCAAAUUGAUAUGGAAUAUUUGGGUCUACGGUGUUUGGUCUAUAGUACUUGCUUGUACUCUCAUGUUGGAUCUGAAAACUGUUUAUGAUAUCUAUCGUGUCCUCCCCCUUGGCUUGCUUUGGGGCAUCCCCUGCGUCCCUGCAUACACAGCGACGAAAGGAUGGAUCUUGAGCAAGCCGAAAACAUUGCUUUUCGAAGCCAAGUCUUUGGUGGUAGCAUUUUGUAUGGCUACCGUCACGGCCGAUUCGAGUAUAAGUUACUACUGCCGACAAGACAACGUCCAAUGCCACGAUAAAGACCUACGUAUGCGAAUAUUCUACCUCGCUGUGCUGUACCAGUUCUUCCGCGAAACAUCAUGCGAUGUAAGGGACAUUCCAGAAGAUACGAAGGAAGGACUCAAGACGCUCCCUGUCAAGCUCGGCAAGCAAAAUACAAUGCUUCUCCUGGCGUCGGUGGGAUUUUUAGUUGAGGCUAUCUUGACGCAUGGAAUUGAUAUUGACAUGAAUGGGAUCACAAUACGAUCUCUACAGUUAACUUAUUCUCUGCUACGGGUCGGACUGACCAUAGCGGCUUACUGGCAAAUCCUGAGGUUUCCCAGACAGAAUUCAUGGGCUUGGGGAUCUAUGUCGCUUUUUGGUCUUGCACCAGUAUUGCUAGCUCAAGCUGCCCUAGGAAGCUGA